CCGGCGGGGCGGGCCGCAGACCCGGCCUGGGCAGCUGCACCGGGAACGCUGAACCGGGAGGCGUCUGGCCGGCCAUAGGGCCGGGGCGCACAGGCGGCGGCACCAUGUUCUCUCUCAAGCCGCCCAGACCCAGCUUCAGGUCCUACCUCCUGCCGCCGGCCCAGACUGACGAUAAGAUCAGUUCCGAACCGAAGAUUAAAAAACUGGAGCCAGUCCUUUUGCCAGGAGAAAUUGUUGUAAAUGAAGUCAAUUUUGUGAGAAAAUGCAUCGCAACAGACACGAGCCAGUAUGAUUUGUGGGGCAAGUUGAUAUGCAGUAACUUCAAAAUUUCCUUUAUCACAGAUGACCCAAUGCCAUUACAGAAAUUCCAUUACAGAAACCUUCUUCUUGGAGAACAUGAUGUCCCUCUGACAUGUAUUGAACAGAUUGUCACAGUGAAUGACCACAAGAGGAAACAGAAAGUCCUAGGUCCCAACCAGAAGCUGAAAUUCAACCCGACAGAAUUAAUUAUUUAUUGUAAAGAUUUCCGAAUUGUCAGGUUUCGCUUUGACGAGUCAGGUCCUGAAAGUGCCAAGAAGGUAUGCCUUGCAAUAGCUCAUUAUUCCCAGCCAACAGACCUCCAGCUACUCUUUGCAUUUGAAUAUGUUGGGAAAAAAUACCACAAUUCAGCCAACAAGGUUAAUGGAGUCUCUUCAGGAGGUGGAGGAGUAUGGAGUGGAGCUGGCGGUACCGGCAGCCAGAGGACGCCACUGUUCGAAACUUACUCAGAUUGGGACAGAGAGACCAAGAGGACAGGCGCUUCAGGGUGGAGAGUUUGUUCUAUCAACGAGGGUUACAUGAUAUCUACUUGCCUUCCAGAAUACUUUGUUGUGCCAAGUUCACUAGCAGACCAAGACCUGAAGAUCUUUUCCCAUUCUUUUGUUGGAAGAAGAAUGCCAUUCUGGUGCUGGAGCCACGCUAACGGCAGUGCUCUUGUGCGGAUGGCCCUCAUCAAAGAUGUGCUGCAGCAGAGGAAGAUUGACCAGAGGAUUUGCAAUGCCAUAACUAAAAGUCACCCGCAGAGAAGCGAUGUUUACAAGUCGGAUUUGGAUAAGGCUUUGCCCAAUAUCCAAGAAAUACAAGCGGCGUUUGUAAAACUUAAGCAACUGUGUGUAAAUGAGCCUUUUGAAGAAACUGAAGAGAAGUGGUUGUCUUCACUGGAAAGUACUCGGUGGUUAGAGUACGUCAGGGCUUUCCUUAAACACUCAGCAGAACUUGUGUACAUUCUUGAAAGCCAGCGUCUCUCUGUAGUCCUGCAAGAGGAGGAAGGCAGAGACUUGAGUUGUCUGGUGGCUUCUCUCAUUCAAGUGAUGAUGGAUCCAUACUUCAGGACAAUUACUGGAUUUCAGAGUCUAGUACAGAAGGAGUGGGUCAUGGCAGGAUAUCAGUUCCUAGACAGAUGCAACCACUUAAAGAGGUCGGAGAAGGAGUCUCCUUUAUUCUUGCUGUUCUUGGAUACCACGUGGCAGCUGCUCGAGCAGUACCCAGCUGCCUUCGAGUUCUCCGAGACUUACCUAGCAGUGCUGUGUGACAGCACCCGGAUCUCGCUGUUCGGCACCUUCCUCUUCAAUUCUCCUCAUCAGCGGGUGAAGCAGAGCACAGAGUUUGCUAUCAGCAAAAACAUUCAGCUGGGUGAUGAAAAGGGCUUGAAAUUCCCCUCUGUUUGGGACUGGGCUCUUCAGUUCACGGCGAAGGAUCGUACUCUUUUCCACAACCCCUUCUACAUUGGCAAGAGCACGCCUUGUGUACAGAAUGGCUCCAGGAAGUCUUUUAAGCGCACGAAGAAGAGCUACAGCUCCACACUGAGAGGAAUGCCCUCAUGCUUGAAGAAUGGAAUCCUCAGUGACCAAGAACUGCUUCCUCGGAGAAACUCACUAAUCCUGAAGCUGAAGCCAGACCCGCCUCAGCACACCGACAGCCAGCACAGUGGAGCCGAGCAGUAUUUUAAAGAGUGGUUCUCCAGACCAGCCAACCUACACGGCGUUAUCCUGCCACGUCUCUCCGGAACACACAUAAAAUUGUGGAAACUCUGCUACUUCCGCUGGGUCCCUGAGGCCCAGAUCAACCUCGGGGGCUCCAUCAUGGCCUUCCACAAGCUCUCUCUCCUGGCUGAUGAGGUGGACAUGCUGAGCAGGAUGCUGAGGCAGCACCGCAGCGGCCCCUUGGAAGCCUGCUAUGCAGAGCUGGACCAGAGCAGGAUGUACUUCAGGGCCACGGGGCCACAUGACACGCUGGGGACACCAGAGUUCCUCUCCUCUUCAUUUCCAUUUUCUCCUGUAGGAAAUCUGUGCAGACGAAGCAUUUUAGGAACACCAUUAAGCAAAUUUUUAAGUGGGGCCAAAAUAUGGUUAUCUACUGAGACACUAGCAAAUGAGGACUAAAUUAAGGUAUUUUCUGGACAUAUUGAGAGAAGCUGGACAUUUCCCUCUCUGAACUGAAAUUGCUAACUGAGGCAUUUAAAACAUUUUAUAUAUAAGAAAUUUGCACUAAUAUUUAAACCAUGUUUAAUCAUGCUGCCUUCAGUUAUUCUAAGGGCAGUGUGACUUUUGGGUUUGUCCUGUAUCCUUUGGGUCUGGCUCAUUUGGGUCAUUUGCAACACGAAUUCCCCAUUGUUACACUUGAUAUCAAAAUAUUGAGGUUCCUCUGCCAUGCGAAUUUUGCCAACAUCUAUUUUCCUACCUACUAAAGGUUAUCUGAUAGUCAGAUUACAAUCCAGAGAAGGUAGAUAGGGAAGUUAAUAAAUUAGUAUAUUUAAUGCAUUUCCAGAUCAUCUGAUAAAACUCCCAGGAGGUCUCAGUUGGCAUCCACGCGUUUAGCUAAUGUUCUUAGCUUGUGUUCUGGGGUUAGAUUUUCUUAUUUUAAUUCAUCUCAGUUAGGACCUAAGAUCACUGUGUUUUAAAAUUAUGGAUUUGCUUCAAUUCCAUACAACUAACUUUAAAAGAUGCACUGUAAUUUUAAAGCAUUCACUGUAGCUAUUUAAACCUAGAAGUGCCUUUGACAUUAAGAUAAAAGUAACAAAGAAGCUAGAAUAACAGUGGAAUAUAAUUCUACUUUUCCAAAUUGGGUUCUUUAGACCCCACUGUAUAUUGGAAAUAGCUUUUUGCCAACAAGCUUACACCAAUAGCCAGGAGUCUCCAGAGCUACAGUUUUGUCCCUCAGAAAGUCACCGUGUAAUCUUAGAGGCUUUCCAGGUAGGAGAUGCACAGCUCCAGCUGUGGCUGAGGGUACCCAGUCCAUGGACAGGAGCAUGCCACACUCUGACUACGGCUGCAGGGAUGCUCUGGCCUCUACCUGAGCACCUCAGCUGUCAUGCUGACGCAGGCCAACACUUCUCCUCAGAAAUGACUGGCAGGGUCACGAGAUGGACACAUGCACAGACUAGAGGGGAAGGCUUCCUCAGUUGUUGCCAUUUUAAUACAGAGAUGCACCCCUCCCAGGCUUGGGGGCAAUGCCAAGAGGCUGAGAAUCUGAAACCUUGGUCCAAACCAUGAUAAGAACCUGGUCAGCUUCACACAGCCCUGCGCUUCUGCACUUCCAAGUGCUCGUGUGUACAGGGCUUCUUCUCCCUGUUUAAAGGUGGACAUGUCCUAAUGGACGAUGGCAGUGUCUCAAAUUGCCACCUUGGAUUUUGAAAUACUUUAUAGUAAAGUGUUGAUUUAGUUUCUUUUUCUAAAACUGAAUUUCUCAAAAUAGUUUGACCUGUAUAUGUGCUGUUUAGCCGUUUUUACUGAAUUGACCUUUUCUAACUUUAAUAAUGUCUCUGCAUUUAACAGGGCAGAUGUUCUUAUGUCUUAAAAAGUUCUUAUGGCUAAACUUAAUGUUUUCAUUCAUCUGUUGCCUAUAAAAUCAGGGCUCUUGUCUACUUAUACAAAUAGCAUUAUCAGCAGUGAGGAUGCGCCAGCCCUUGGCCACACGGUUAGCCCUGGUCCGAGACACCGGAGUGUCACCACUGGAACCCCAUUUUCAUGAAGCUGCCUUGCUACUUCUAUAAGUUGUGCUAGAUUUAUUUUGCAGUUGAGGAUUCAUUUCUUUGUAAUUUUCAUCCCUCACAUUUACUUCAGCUCCUUUCAGAACUUUUUUGUUAACUUACAAGAAGGUCAGGUACUAUUAACACUACUUUAUGAUAGAAACUGCAUAUUUUUGUAUGGUAAUCAAUUGUAAAUGUUUUUCUAUUUUGACUGGGUGGUUGUUACAUCAUGAUUAUUGUGCUACAGCUUACUAUGCAUAAUAUGUGAAUCAGCUCCAGAGUCCUAGUGUGGCCUAUGGGACAGCUGCCUGGCACCUCUGCUAACAAAAGUGACCCUGCGGUGACAGAAGAGGUAAGCGUGGCUGCGUGCAGCAUACCAAAGAGCUCAGAAGCACUGUCUCUGAGGCCACAGGGGCAGAGCCUGUGCUGGCAGUGCCCAUGCAAGGGCUGAUGACACUGGGCAUGCUAAUGCUGACUCCAGAGGUCAUACUGUCUUACUGUUGCUUUAUGUUGGGAACCAAUUCUAGAACCAAAAACUGCCUAACUUAUGGAAAGGACAUUAAUUUGUACUGAGAAAAGAUGAAAACUGUUCAACAUGGUAUUCAACAAGAUCCUGUUGCUGUAGCAGUAACCUCAAGCAAUUAAAACUUACUGUCAUGACAAAACUAAAACCUUUGUGCCUAAACACAACUGAUGAGCUGAAGCAGGCCAAGCAGGUUGACUGGAUCCUGCUCAACAGAGUGGAUGUAAAGGGGACUCUGACCGCUAAAUAAAAUCUCCAUGGAUACCGG